AUGAUGGAUGAUUUUCUGGCAUUUGAUGAUGGCUUAUUCGAGUCUGAUGAGCGCAAAGAACGUUCAUUACCUACUUUUCAUCCAAACAAAGUGGGGGAUCUAGAGUUUUUAUCAGGUGAUGGGGAAGAAUGCUUGAAGUCUUCAAGUGACUGGUUUUAUUUAUCGAAAAAGUACGGCGAUUGUCUGCAGUAUUUACUACGACUCUGGGACCGUGUUGACAGGUACAAUGGGCUUCCUAAAAGAAUUACUGCUGACGCCAUUGUAAGAUGCUAUUUGAAACUGAACAAACAAUCCGAACUACUCCCUUAUCUUCAUCAACAUGGUCAAUUGUCAACAAGCUACGAAGAUUAUCUCGGACACUUGAUGCUUCAUUUUGCUUGCUCAGUAAAUGAAACAACUCAAGAUCGAAUUGAUUUACUCCAGCGUCUUCUACUGGCACUUCCACCAUUAUUUUUUGAUAAUGACUCAUCAGUGGUUGUUCGUAAAAAUUUAUUCACACAAUCUCAGUUAUGGAUCGAUUUGUCAGUCUUAUGGAAUCAAAUUAAGAUCGAGCCUAGAAAAAUAUUUCAUUAUCCUGUAUGGUUCUCUAAGGUAGCAUCAUUGUAUGCUGAGCUUGUCAAUACUUAUUCAAAGGCAACUGAAACUUCACUGAAAUGGACUGAUGAAUUGCUUACUCCAGCACAAAUUGAUUUAUGUCGUAAACUAUCAUUACGUAUUUUAACUACGUUUGGUAGUAGUAGUAGUAGCAGCAGCAGCAAUAGUUCUUCAACAGACCAAUCUUCUAUGACUACAAUGUUUAACAAAGGUGACAGUAUAUGUAGUCACUAUGAUAAUGUACAAGUGAACCAGGUUACUGUUACUUAUGCGUUGCCGUAUAUUCCUAGUGGGAAAUGUUGUUCUUCUGAUACUACUGCAGACAAUGAAAAUCACGAUGAAAUUGGACGCGUGUUCUUCCAAGUGUUUAUUGCUCCUUUCAUGAGUAUUUAUGAAAAAAAUACCUAG